AUGACAUGUCUCGCUCGGGUUGGUGCAAGAAUGGGCGUUUCUGCUCUUCCUUCUCUCGUGGGAGCGGCGCCGCCGUGGUUUAUGAACCCGAUACGAAUGCAAGUACGAUUUAAAGUCACGAAGCAACAGGCUUAUGAUAAACCCGCUGACACAAGUCCGUUCACACGGCGGUUCUCGGACAAACCUCAUAUAGGGAUGAAAGCGCUGAGUUCGGAGUAUGUGGAGGCUAGCAGAAUCAUUGUAAAGCAGAGACAUUAUAUUUCGAAAAAUCCGGGCUCAACACGAAAGAGGAAUUUCAAGUUCUAUCCGGGUGAGAAUGUUGUGGUGACGAAAACAACUUCUUUGAAAGCUGCAGUCAGCGGGCGAGUGAAGUAUACCUAUGAUCCGGAAAAGGAACGAUUUUACGCGAAUGUACUGCCAGAACCUCGGGAGGAGCUGCUGCGGGAAGAUCUAUGGCGCUAUCGGACGGAGUUUAUAACUAGUGUAGAAGACAACAAGUUGCUGAUACAGUUGAGGCAGAAGGCGUAUUGGCACUUAAAAGGACAACUGCAAGUAACUGACCCCAGAGCUCACGAGUUCGUGGGUGAGUCGGCUCAGCGUGUGGACUUUUCAAGACAACGUCAAGGCCUAGGGUCGCUGCUGCUCGAGCGGUGGUUGGCUCUUUUGGCCUCCUCGGGGGUGCACUAUGUGGUGACGUAUGCUAGUGAGAAUGCAAUAAGUUGGUACGAAAAACAUGGCUUCGUCCAUAGAAGGGAUAUGACUCUGCCAGAGCGCCACAUUCGAGGGCGAGUGACGCUGUGCACUGGGGCAAAGCUGAUGGAAUUGAAUCUGCAGAAUCAUCCGGACCAGCGUCCGAGCAUAGAGGAGCUUCGCUUCAGGCUGAAGAGGCUCGCCAGUGUUGUUAGGGAAGGGCAGCCACAACAGCAGCAGAGGCGAAGUUUAGAGCGAGUUGAUUCGAAUUUGGGAGGGGUGACGGUCACAGUUGAUGGAAAAAAAGGAUUGCAAAUACAGUCUGUUAAUGAGGAGGCGAUGCUGAUCAAAGUGAACGGCAAUUGGGUACAUGUGAAUUACCCAGGAUUCGAAAUGCAUGGUGAUGAUGAUGGCAUCGGUGAAGUUCGGGAGCUCAGCCCACCCUUUAUGGGAGGAAACAGUGACCAUGAAAUUGAUCGUAAACGGGCAGCGCCGGAUGGGGAGGCUUUUUCAGAAGGGAAACGGCGACGGUGCGUGAGGCUGGGAAGGUCCAAGUUCGUCGUAUUAGUAGUAGACCUGUCCGAUGCUGUACUUAUGAGCGAAAAUGAGCCUAUUACUUUGGAGGCGCUGAAAAGUGAUGUCGCGGAGGCCUUGGGAGUGGAUGCUAAAGUGAAAGUGAUCGAAACGAUAAUGUCGAGUUACACUGGUCUUCUGAGGGCACCCAUCGAGACCGACGAUGACCUUGCUGAUUUGUAUGGUGCUGUGCAUUGUUGUGAGAAUGCGAGCAGUGGUGGAAAGAAAAGAGCAUCGAAGGCUGAUCUACUAAUUCUCCAACUCAGAGAUGAAUACGAAGUUACUAUCGAUGGUCACUUGAAAGAGAUAGAAAUGCUCAAAAGAGAGAAAAGUAAACUUGAGGGGAAAUUGAAGACUAUGGAGCAGGAAAUGGUUGAGCUGACUGGACAGUUGUCACACAAGUUGGAGGCGGCUGAGAAGGACAUCACUAAGCGAGUGAAAAGCGAAUUCGAUGAGAAACUGAAGGCAUAUGAAAAUGAGGUUGCUGAGAAGGAGAAGAAAUUUAAGGCGCAGCUGAAAGAGAAAACACAACAAAUUUUGGCCCAACAACAGGAGGUUAAUCUCGAACUCUUAUUUUCUAAUGCGAACGGAUUCUUGCUGCUGUAG